AACUCAAGCUGAGAUCUUAUCCAAGGCUUCAAGGUGACCAUAACAAACUUCUGCACAUUUCCAUUCCUGGGCGAAUGAAAGUACUUGUGAGUGGUUAGUCCUGCCCAGAAUUAUGCAAGUUAAUAGUGUGCUUAUCAUGAUAUAUAAAAAGACAUGUCCAUGGUGCACGACCAUUGUUCUCACACAAUAUCAAGAAAUCAGAAGAAAUACCCAAAGGAGAAAGAUAACCCCUUUGAAAGAGGAAAGCUUUCAGGAAAAACGACAGUUUUCUAAAAACGUGUAGCGCCCAUUUGAGAAAUAUACAAUGGCUACUCUGAAGGAAAAGCGAACCUGCGGCCAAAGGUGUCAAGACUUUGGCCAUUUUGUUUGGAAUUCUGAUGAAGGGAAAUUUAUGGGUAGGACACCAGAAAAAUGGGUGUACAUCAGCCUGUAUUAUGUUGCGUUCUAUGUGGUGAUGACAGCCUUGUUCUCCCUGGCCAUCUACGUGCUCAUGUACACCCUGGACCCCUACACCCCUGACUAUCGUGAUCGAUUAAAAUCGCCAGGCGUGAUGGUUUGGCCGGACACGUAUAACGAUGAAGUUGUAGAGAUCAACUAUAACAUAUCUGAUAAGAAAAGCUGGAUGAAGAUGUCGAAAAUUCUUCAGGACUUCCUCGAACCAUACAAUGAUACCAGACAAGCACAAUGCAACCAUUACAACUGUACCACUGGCAAGUACUUCAUCCAAAGAUCAUUCACUGCUCCGAAUCAUACAAAGUGGUCCUGUCCCUUCUACCAAAGCACACUGGGCAACUGUUCUGGGAUUAGCGACCCAACAUUCGGUUAUAACACCGCCCAGCCAUGCGUAAUCAUCAAGAUGAACAGGAUCAUCGAUUUCUACCCAAACAACGGAACAGACAUCGCACCAAACUUGAACUGCACUGUUCUGGAAGGUCAAGAUAACGUUCGUGGCUACGAGUACUACCCCGUCAAUGGAACUCUCGACCUUUCGUACUUUCCAUACUACGGCAGGCUGGCUCAGCCGAACUACGUGAACCCGCUGGUGGCGGUCAAAUUCGAUCUCGUUAACAAGAGGAAGGCAAUGAUCCAGUGCAGGGUAAUGGCCAACAACAUCGCUUAUCAGAACUUCUACGAUCCCUAUGAAGGGAAAGUCAUCUUUCAUUUAAAUGCACUGAGUUAGCCAUAUACACAAGAUUAUACACACAUUUGUUCAUUUUUUUUUAUGUUUAUUUUCCAUGUCAUUUCAGUAUGAAUCAGUAACACACAAAAAAACUUGCUUUGCAAAUCAACCUUUGUAUUAGAGACAAUCUUAAGGAAUAUAUAUAUAUAAAAUCUAGUUGCAUUUAUUUGUUUAAAAUGUAUUCUUAAUUUAAAUGGUAUGUAGGUUAAUUAUUAACACAGUAAGUCUGAAAAUAAAACAAAUGAAUAAAAGAUUACAAAGACCUUGUUUUUAUUGUUUUCUUUUAACCCUCACUGAACAAAAACUAUAGAACAACCCCAUGUCUGUAUAAACCCAUAUAAAAUGUAUAUUAUCUGUAUAUCUGACUUUGUUUUAAAAAUUAUUGUAAAAAAAAAAAAAAAAAAAAAUUGUUUUACAUAAAAACGAACACCUGUUGAAAUUAGAGGUGACACUUCGUGGAAUGUGUUUAUUUGUUUCAAAACCCACCUAGGAAAAAUAGUUGCCUGUAUAUAAAAAAAAAAAGAUGG